AUGUCAAAUUAUAAAAAUUAUUCAAAAACAACUUUAAUUAAUUAUAACAAUAAAAACAAUUAUUCUUUUUGCAAUUAUAAUGAUUAUCUAAAUAAGGCUUGGGGAUUAAAAGCAAUUAGUCCAGUUAUUAAUCAAGGGUAUAAUCUUCAAAAUGAAAAGGGAAAAGGCAAGUUUCUUUAA